CCUAAACUAUUCCCUACCUCAAAGCCAUCUGGUGUGAAUCUACAAAUCAGUUUCUCUACCAUACCCCAGAAACCCAGACUCUUCUUUCCCAUCAGUAUAUCUCCUGUGCUCCUCAAAAUUCCCCCUCCUCCGAUGCCUUCCCAGGCACCCUCUUUUGGGGGGCCUGUGACACUGAAUGUGGGGGGAACACUGUAUGCUACCACCCUGGAAACUCUGACUCGAUUCCCAGAUUCAAUGUUAGGGGCCAUGUUCAGAGAGGGUGCAGCACUACCAUCCAACUCUGGUCCCCUGGGUAGCAGCUACUAUUUUAUCGACAGGGAUGGUAAAGCCUUCCGUCACAUCCUCAAUUUCCUGCGCCUGGGCUGCCUGGACUUACCUAGGGGGUAUGGGGAGACAGCUCUCCUGAGAGCCGAGGCUGAUUUCUACCAGAUCCAGCCCCUACUAGAUGCACUCAGGGAACUGGAAGUAACUCAGGGAACUGAGGUGGUCACAGCUGCCUUAUUCCAUGCAGAUGUGGAUGCCACCCCCCGACUGGUCCACUUCUCAGCUCGUCGAGGCCCCCACCACUAUGAACUCAGUGCUGCCAGAGUUGACACCUUUAGGGCCAAUAUUUUCUGCACAGAUCCCACCUGUCUUGGGGUGCUCCGGACCCGGUUUGGAGUUGCUGAAGGGGAAGGAGGAGAAGGAAGUCCCCAUUUCCAUUUGGAAUGGGCUCCCUGCCCAGAAGGGCUCCCGGAGGUUGAGUAUCGACGUCUAGGAUUGAAACAACUGUGGGUAGUAGGAGAGGCAGGUGAGAGGCGGGAGGUAUUGGGAACACCUGGAUUCCUGGAGGAAGUGCUCCAGGUGGCUCUGGAACAUGGCUUUCGACUUGACUCUGUCUUCCCUGACCCUGAGGACCUGCUCAACUCUCGAUCACUGCGUUUUGUCCGACAUUGAAGGAUAGUGACUUGGUUUGGGGGAAAAAAAGAAGAGUCAAUAAAGUUGGGGGGUGCAAUCUCUACUCCUCUUAGAUCUGUAAGAGAUUUAGGACUUUCUGGAAUGACUUGGAAGAGGUAGGAGCUGUGAGAGUUAAGGGGGACUCCCUGUCUAUCUCUUGACUGGAGCUUCAAUCUAGGGAGGGAUAGAAAAUUGGAAAACCAACCCUCCCCUCUCUUCUAACCUAAGGAUUCUGAUCAGCCCCCUAAAGGGCUAUGAAAUUUGGAGGGCACCUUAUGGCCCUCUACUGAAGCUCAGACUUGAAGAGAAGAGAAAAUAUCAAAAGGGAUUCCAAAUUGGGGGGGGGGGUGUGAAUUGUGAGAAUCCAAGUAUUAUCCAUAAACUUGGUAUAAUAAAUGCUUAUUGAAGGACUGAUCCCAUACCCUGUCCCUAUGUUUCAUGCUGACAGGGAGUGAGGGGUGGGGCAGGGAGUCUUCCUCUGUGAUUAGUAGUGCUAUAUGUCUCUGGAUGACAAUAGAAUCUGUCAUUUGCCUUUUGAUCUCUGACUUUACUUCUUUCCCAGACUCAGGGCUUGUCCAGGUCUGUUUUGGAGAGUAUCUAUUACAGUGUUGUUCCUUGUUGUGGAAUGACUGGAUUGGCACAGGGUGUGUGCAUUUAUGUGCAUCCAAUGGAUGGGUAGAUUUUUUUAUUGAACAAUAGGGUGUAUAUAUGAAUGUAUCCACAGCCCUCUGUCAACAGGGGUAAACCUGUCUUUGUGCAUCUCUGUCUCUGAGAGAGCCUGGAGACAAAAGCUCUGGGCCUAUUUGGGCUUCUGAGGCAAUUAUUGUGUAGCUAUAGGUUGCUCUAAUAACGAUGGUUCUGAUGCUAGGUUUCACUAUAGUGUAUAUAGUAUUGCCCUGGGCUGAAAGAGAAAUUCAAUACAACAAAUUUAUGAAGAAGAUUGGAAAGGAGGAAAAGGAAAUGGAAUAUUUACUCUUCUAUUUUGCACAGAUCUUUUUUUCAGAAAAAGUUACUAUUUAUUGUUCAUAUCUAAUAAGA